UUAUCUCAAUCCCAUGUUAGUUUCCAAGCUAGUUGUCGUCGUGUUGUGUUGCGUUCAUUGGUGCAAUACAAAAAUAAAUUAUCGGAAAGAACCAUGGAGGAAAAUGCAGGUCCGCAAGGUAAAUUGGCACUAUGCGUUAAAGAGACUUGAGCUGGUCCCCUACAUGCUGAAAGAAGCUCCUUAUCAAAUUUUGGAGGUCACCUACGAUGGGAAGCACAAAGUCGAACAAGGCAACGAACUGACUCCAACCCAAGUAAAGAACAUUCCUGAGGUGAAAUAUAUUGCAAACCCCAAUGAGUAUUACACUCUCUGCAUGACAGAUCCAGAUGCGCCAAGCCGCUUGGAGCCCAAGUUCCGAGAGUGGCAUCACUGGCUUGUGGGUAACAUCCCUGGCCACAACGUAUCGGCUGGAGAAACAUUAUCCGAGUAUGUUGGCUCUGGCCCUCCUAAAGGCACUGGCCUUCACCGCUACGUGUUUCUAGUUUACAAGCAACCUGGGAAGUUGAAAUUUGAUGAACCUCGAUUGACAAACAGGUCAGGAGAUAAUCGGGGAAAGUUCUCUAUCCGUAAGUUUGCAGCCAAGUACAAUCUGGGAGAUCCGAUUGGUGGAAACGUUUACCAAGCGCAGUGGGACGAUUAUGUGCCCAAACUGUACAAGCAGCUGGAAGGAAAAUAACUGUGGAGCCGAAAACUUACAUACAUCAUUUCAUUAAUAAUUCCCUUGUUAACAACAAUUGUAUAACAAGUUAUACAAUAAACUUGGUUUUAAAAUA